AUGCGGAGGGCGGGGGUGCCAGGAGCAGCAGGCUGCUUCAGCAAGGCGAAGCCCACCUCAUCUGUCGGGCGCCCUGGAUCCGAGUACCCCUCCGUUCCUCCCGCCGCUGUAAGCAAGCAGGGGCGAAGCAGCCACGCGCCUUCGGAAACGUCGCGAAAGUCGGGGCGUGCCGCUGCUUCCACCACAGCGGCGGCGGCAGUUCCCGCGAAGUGGGUCUGGGGCCAAGGGCAGGAGGAGGAGGAGGAGGAGGAGGAGGAGGAGGUGGAGGAGGCGCAGCAGCACCAGCAGACCCUUUCGCCAGUUGCGCAUGAUCUUGGGGGUGACGCCGCAAGCAAACCAGCACAGCCGGCGAAUAUCGACGUUUUACGCACGAAAAUGUUUGCCGACUCUUCGUCGUCAAGCUUUGAGAGCUCAUGCAGCACCGAGGCGAUGACAGAGUCUACGACCAGCUCUCCCAAGGAUGCUAACUGGGACGCGCCCUUCCUGAGCCGUCUCUCCGACAUGUCCAUGAUGUUUCCGGAGCCCCCGACCCGACCCCCCGCCGAAACGAUGCCAUCAUCCUCCUCGAGGGCUUUGACCAUCUCUGGAUUGGGCAAGAACAUCACCUCCAGCCUGCCGUCGGUCCAGCUCCUCAUGCCCCUCCGUUGGCGGAAACGCUUUCGAGCUACAGAGUCGAACAAGCGGUGCCGGAAGUCCACCUCCCGUUGGAUCGCUCGCUCCAAGGCCACCAGCAGCAUGUCGGAGAAAUCGUUCCUCGCCCGAGCGCUGUCGAUGAACGACAACGGCGCUCACCGAGGGAAAGAAGCGGCAGCGGCGGCGGCCGGGGCGAAGCCCAUGCCUUCUUCUUGUGCCGUAGAGUCCACGGCGGCGACGACGCCUCCUCGGAGACGGGGGGUUUCCAAGGUCGCCGGAGAAACACCUUCGCAGCUGUCCAAGCUCUCCGAAGUGAACGAGCGGCAGGAGGAAGAACGGCAAGAGGAAGAAGAAGCCCGCCCUGCAUUCGACCCUCCAUCCGCGCUGCCCACGCCGGUUCCGCACCCGGCAGAGAAGUCGCCGCCGCCCGCACCGCUCCACACCGCCCCCCGCCCCCCCGCGCCACAGAAGCAGCGGUACAACGUGGCCGCGUUGCUGGCCGCACGCCACUCGUCCCGCCUGCGUCGUCGCGACUGCUUCGCGUCCAGCCCCAGCGCCGCCGGCACGGAAGGCACGUGCUUCGCCUCGUCGCCCUCGCUGUCGCCGCCGUACAUGACGGUCAAGAACCGCUUGGCGUCGUCGUCUUCGUCGAUCUUCGAGGAGGACGGCGACGACAACAAGAAGACCUUGUUCUUGAACCCGUACUCGCGGUCCCCGCUCCCCCCGGCGGCCGUUGCCCCCCGCACCGCCGCGGCUCCCGCCGCGAAGGCCACCGCUGCGCAGAAGAACAAACCGGACGCGACCACGGGGGCGGCGGUGGAUGGAGCGAGGAGGAGGGCGGCGGUGGCGGCGCUUCAGGUCGAGGCGAACCGUCAGUACGGAGACCGGCGAAGGAGGAUGAAGGACGGAGAGUCGGGCAUCUGGCUCCCCUCUCCCGGGAUCUGGUCCUCCGCUCGAAGGCCCACCCCUCUUAACGCGGACCUGUUCUCCGCCUGGUGAUCAUUUUGCGGCGGUAGUGGCAGAGGUUUGUGUAGCAGUGGGCGUACCCGCUGGCACCGAUAAUCAAGGCGCCUGUGGCGUGCGAGGAAGAGAGAUGAGGUAAUUGCAGAGGUCCGGGUACACCCAGGGGUCAUAUCCGGGAUUUCGAUGUUCAUCCAAAGGCUGGGAGGGUAACCAACCCACCGUUAAGUACGCCGAUCGGCCGGGAUUAAAUUGCCGUGGUAGAGAGUGCCGUUCUUGAAAUGUGGUACGUACGUCUGUAGGCACGGUGCCCUUUCGCGGAAAGAAACGGCCGGUGAUCGUGUGAAUGAAAACGUUCAAGGUGAUGCUGUGACUUCGGUGUUGCCUGAAGUUUCGUUCGGGGCGGGCGGGCGCCCUGCUGGCGUUUGUUUUUUUCUUGGGAGAGGGGAUUCGGAAACGUACCUCGCUGCCGGAGGAUUGUGUUGCUUGUUGUCAGGCUCUUGUCUAUCCUGUAUGUUUUUUCCCGGCCUGAUGCAGUCCAUGCCUGUUCCACGCAUAACCAUGGUAGCUAGGUUUGUUUUGGUAUGAAGCGGCUGUCAUAACGCGCACCAGUCCUAGGCUGCACCUUUCCAUCGAUUUUUUGUCGUCUGUUUGGCUGAAGGUCAUCGUCAUUAUAUAAGGGAGCGGGUUUGUUUUUCCGUGGUUGGUGGUUGUGUGGUCAGCUGUUGCUAGACGCUGCAGUUCCGACGGGUUCGGUCCUUGGCCGGUGUGCAUUUAUUUGGGUUUCUUCGGGUUGAAACAGGUGUCGCUGGUCCUGUUGGGGGGGACUAGAAGCAGCGUCACGUGUGUGUAUGAAAGUGUGCAAAGCACCCAGUCACUGAUCUCAGCAAGAAUGGGAGUUUCCGGGCUGGUGCUGCUCGGGAAAGGUGGCGAUGGGUAGUAGCUAGUUUCCUUUGUAGGGUGUGGCACUGUAUCAAGGUUUUCAUGGUACGGUGCGAGGGUAAGUCGUUUUCUGUCGACGGCUUUGUUUCGAAAGUCUGCCGGGAGGGAGCCCAUCGAGUGUCGGCUUACGUAUCAAGCAUGGGAGAUUACACUGCGUUGUUGGGAUUUGACGUAUUUUCCCGUGGGCGCUGAAGCAAGGCAAUGGCAUUCCUGCUAUCCUCGGUGGUGCUGUUGCCACGUUUCGCUUGCACGGCUUGCGGGUUAAGACCCGCACUAUUCCUAGUAUCACCAAGACAAUAAAUGUGUUCAUGUUGAUAAAACCUCGAUUACCGGCAAACCUCCCUCACCUGACGCUAGGGGGGGUUCGUGAGGUCGGAGAAGUUGGACGGGAGUUAGUUUUGCUUUUAGGCGAUGGUGGGUAGGUUGGGGGUGCAUUUCUGUCGAGAUCAUUCAUGUAUCGGAGUGUGUUUGUUGGGACACGGAUAGCAGCCACGUCUCAGCCUUUUAUUUUACAAGUUGGCGGUUUGGGUUUGCCGCCGGUUCUCACCGUGCAUGUGGGGUUUCUUGAUACUAAGUCGUUGGUGUGCUGUUCAUGGGCGUCGGGUGUUUUUGUUUGUACCUUGUAUCAAAAUGUGUACACGCGGUAGUCACCUGCGGGUGAACAAUUGGGGCACGACACUACACGACACAGAGCGGGUAACUUCUGUUGUGCGUGACAAGAACGACGUGGUUGUUCGACAUGGUGAGGGUACGAGUGGGUAGGCUAGUUGCGCUACUGGUGCGUCUUUAUUUUUAUUUCUCUGUUUCUGGAAUCAAACUCGAUCGUGUCUUCAUGAUGGUAUCCAUUGGGAAGAUUGAAGGUUGUCCCUUUUGGCGACGGCUCCCGCUCCCUAACGCUAGCUUGUACACGCGAGGUCGCUUGGUUGGCACGCACAGAGAUGUUGUGUUUAGGCAGGUUGGAGAGGUCGUGCGAGCUUGGCGCGAUGGUGUGAAUGCAGCUGCUGAGUGGUGGCCUCUCAAUACGUCAAAGGUUGUUCCUUCUAUGUUUUCGGUAGAUUAGUCUCGCUGGUUUCUGCAGCUCUGGGUAUUACCAACCCCACUUUACGUGUUGUGACAUCGACACUGGUGAUGUUGGGUAUUAAUGAUUUGCGUGCACGUGUCUUUGCCAACGUGGCGUGUGCUGCCGGAGUCUGUCAUGAGAUAGUACGUCUGGUUCCUGUUGCGGGAAGGGUUGAUGUUGGAGACUGCAUGCCCUUCCUGUCUAUCUUUUUAAGCCCCAUGUUGGCUUAUCAUUUUAUAGCUUUAGAGCGAUGUUGUUCUGGGUGGCGGCUAGCCCGCAAUCCGUUCUAGGCUAGCUCGCGACCCGAUUCUCGUCUUUCUUUAUUUUGUUCUUAUGUUGUUAGCCGUUGCGUUUACUUUGCUCUGUUUCCUUACACGUUGACCUCCGACUGUUUUGUUGGUUUACUCUGUUGUCUUUUCUCAAAUCUGAUUAGGCUCCUCUUACGUAUCGUGUGUAAAAGGUUUCGUAAAAGGUUUCGUUUCGUAUAGUUGGCAGGUAGUAGUCCGUAGGUGUAGAGCUGUGGUCCCAAGGGUUCGAUUACGAGACGAUACACCUGGUACUUUAUCUUUCAUCUUUUUGGGCGUUAUUCCCUCGUUCGUCCGUUUAUUUGCCAGGAGCUGUACGCUUGACAUAGAUAUGAUUCUGCAGCGAGGGUCGGUACAACGUGACAUUGAUUCUCGGCC